AUUGUCUCUUCCUGGUUCUACAGCAGUCUGUUGGCCUUCAGACUUCAACUAGGACACUGGCUCUGUAGAUCUGGGACAGAUCAGCCUUCAUAAUCAUUUUUGAAAGUGAGAAACUUUGACCCUGAAUUGGAAACCUCCUAGUAACCAAAAUGGGGAAGGUACUCCCAUCUGACCUGUCCAGAUUGCCAGACAACACUGCCGUGAAGCAGCAAGAACUACCUGCCCAGAAGCUACAUUUCUCAGCCAGGAAAGUCAUCUUUAUCUUUUCUGCCACAGGAUUGUUCUGCCUCUGCAUAGGCAUCACCCUUUUAUGGUCUGCCAAGGGCAACAGGGAAAUAGAGAUUAAUUAUACAAGAAAAUGUGCAGAUUGUGCAGAACUGAGGGAAAAUGCCUUUAAUUUUGACAAAAAGUGUACCUGCUCUAUUCCCUUUUAUAUUUCACAGAAAAUGGAGGGUAAUGUGUAUAUGUACUACAAAUUGUAUGGCUUCUAUCAGAACCUCUACAGGUACAUGCUAUCUAGAAGUAAUAGCCAACUGGUGGGUAAAGAUAUAAAGGCCGUUGAUGACUGUGCUCCAUUCAAAAGGUCCCACAAUGAAACCCCAAUCGCUCCUUGCGGUGCUAUUGCCAACAGCAUGUUCAAUGACACUAUCACUCUUUCAUAUAAGCUUAAUUCAUCCAUGUAUAUCAAAGUUCCAAUGUUAAAGACUGGACUUACAUGGUGGACAGAUAAGUUUGUCAAAUUUCAGAAUCCGGGUUCCACUAAUAUUAUUGAUGAAUUUGCAGGAACUGUAAAGCCCCCAAACUGGCCUAUGCCUAUCUAUUAUUUGGAUGCUGAUGACCCAGGGAACAACGGCUUCAUCAACGAGGACUUCAUUGUGUGGAUGCGCACGGCUGCCUUUGCCACGUUCAAGAAACUGUACCGGCGGCUCAAUCGAAUACACUGUUUUAUUGAAGGCUUGCCUGCUGGGAAUUAUAGCCUCACCAUAGCCUACAACUUCCCAGUUACCAGGUUCCAAGGAGAAAAAUCCGUUGUUCUUUCCACCCUGACAUGGAUCGGAAGUAAUGGCUUCUUCUUAGGUCUUGCCUAUAUGGCGACAGGAGCCAUGACGUGGUUGGCCACCGUUUUCCUGAUGGUAAUCUACUUCAUGAAAAAAGGUGGAAAUGAGUCCAUCUCCCAUUAAUAAAGUCAAGAUUUAAAAAGAAAAGUGGAGCACAGAAGUAAAGUAGCAGAGCCACAGAUUUCAUUUUUUUUCUUUUUUAAAAAAUUAUU